AUGAGGGGUUUGAUAUUAGCCUUGGUUUUAACCCUGGUGGGGAGCCAGCAUCUUAAUUACCAACCCGAUUUCAGUGAAAACAAGGUUUAUACAUUUGAUUAUGAAAGUGUGCUUCUCAGUGGACUUCCAGAGAAAGGACUUGCACGAGCUGGAAUAAGAAUAAAAAGUAAAGUGGAAAUUAGUGGUAUUGGGCCCAAACUUUGUCUUAUUAGGAUACACUCAAUCGAAGCAGCAGAGUACAAUGGUGUCUGGCCUACAAGCUCAUUCUCUCGAUCACUGAAACUGACCCAGGUACUAACCGGGCAAUUUAGUAAUCCCAUCAAGUUUGAGUAUAGCAGUGGCCAUGUUGGAAACCUUAUGGCUCCUGAUUCUGUCUCAGAUGAUGGUCUGAACAUCUACAGAGGGAUUCUGAAUGUGCUGGAGCUAAGUAUAAAGAAGAUGCAGCAUUCAUACAGUUUACAGGAGGCUGGGAUUGGAGGUAUUUGUAACACAACGUAUGCAAUUCAGGAAAACAAGAAAGCAAGCCUAGUCUAUGUGACCAAAUCCAAAGACCUGAACAGUUGUGAAGAGAAAGUUCAAAUGGUCACAGGUUCAGCAUACACUCACCCAUGCCAGACCUGCCAGCAGAGAAACAAGAAUUCCCGGACAACUGCUACUUACAAUUAUAAAAUUAAAUAUACACGUAAUGAAGCUGUAAUUACACAAGCUGAUGUUGAGGAAAUCCACCAGUUUGCGCCCUUCAAUGAGAUAACAGGAGGAAAUGCUAUAGUAGAAGCAAGGCAGAAACUUGUCUUGACUGAUGUGCAGAAGCACAUGGCAGAGGUCCCACCAAAAGAAUUCCAGAAUCGUGGGUCACUUCAGUACCAGUUUGGCAGUGAAUUGCUUCAGCUUCCUGUCCAUUUAUUCAGAAUAAAAGAUGUGGAAAGCCAGAUAGAGGAAAGCCUGCAAGACCUAGUAGAGACCACACCUGAACAGCUUCCCAGCGAUGCACCAGCGAAAGUCCUCAAGCUUAUGCACCUCCUCCGUGUAGCAAAUGAGGAGAAUUACGAGUCGGUAUGGAAGCAGUUCUCGAGUCGGCCAGCAUACAGGCGCUACAUUUUGGAUAUAAUUCCUGCAGUUUCCAGUCACCGUGCACUCAGGUUCCUGAGGCAUAAAAUGGAAAGGCAAGAACUCACCAACUGGGAAGCAGCUCAGACAGUACUUGUGGCUCUGCACUCAAGCACGCCAACUCGGGAUGUGAUGGAGGAAGCAACGCUCAUCAUGAAAAAGCAUUGCCCACAUUCAAGUACUGUACUUGGAAAGGUUUGCCAUCUCAGCUAUGCGUCAUUGUGCCACAAACAGUGCUCUUCAUCAGACUCCUGCUCUGAAUGUCUCCAGCUACUUCAUGGAUUUGCAGGAGAGGCAUUGAGCAAGUCUAACACAGAAGAAAUUUUCCUGGCUUUGAAAGCCCUUGGGAAUGUAGGACAUCCAGCCAGCAUCAAGCACAUCAAGAAAUUUUUGCCAGGAUAUGCAGCUGGUGCUUCAGAUUUGCCACUCAAGGUCCAUGCAACUGCUGUGAUGGCCCUGCAAAACAUAGGUCUGAAAGACCCAAAAAUGGUCCAGGCUAUUACCCUUGAGAUUUUCCUGAAUCACAAAAUUAAUCCUCGGAUCCGAAUGUUAGCUGCAGUGGUUUUGCUUGAAACCAAGCCAGGUCUUCCAAUAGUGAUGACACUAGCUGAUGCUGUGCUGAAGGAACCUAGCAUGCAAGUGGCAAGUUUCAUCUAUUCCUACCUGAGAGCCCUGGGUAGAAGCACAGCUCCAGAUCUUCAAGCAACGGCUUCUGCUUGCAGAAUGGCUAUCAGAGCAUUAAGUCCCAAAUUUGACAAAUCUGGAUAUCAAUUCAGCAAGGUGUUCCGCUUCAGUAUGUUUAAAGAGUUCCUUAUGAGUGGACUGGCAGCUAAAUAUUUGGUAUUGAAUAAUGCAGGCAGCUUCAUUCCAACGAUGGCAAUGUCCCAGCUGCGGACCCAUUUUCUCGGAAGAGUGGCUGAUCCCUUGGAGGUGGGAAUAACAGUUGAAGGACUGCAGGAGAUGUUUGCUAAACCUUACUCUCCUGACAGGGUCUGGGAGACGGACUACAACUUCAAGGAAAUCCUAAAAACGCUCUCUGACUGGAAGGCAUUCUCCAGUGACAAACCUUUUGCAUCAGGCUACGUGAAGAUGUUUGGCCAAGAGUUGUUCUUUGGUGGACUUGAUAAAAUUGCCAUCCAAAAUGCAUUGCAGGCAUGGUAUGGACCUGACGAAAAAAUCCCUUUGAUAAGGAGAAUAAUCAGUAGCCUUCAAAGUGGUGUAGGGAGGCAGUGGACCAAGGCUUUACUGUCCUCUGAGAUCCGUCAUAUCGUGCCCACCUGCACUGGGUUCCCGACAGAGACCAGCUUCUAUUACUCUUCUGUCACAAAAGUGGCAGGAAAUGUUCAAGCACAGAUCACACCUUCUCCAAAGUCUGAUUUCAGAUUGUCUGAGUUACUAAAUGCCAACAUUAGGCUGCGAUCCAAAAUGAGUCUAAGCAUGGCUAAGGAGAUGACCUUUGUAAUGGGCAUCAACACACAGGUGAUACAGGCAGGGCUGGAAGCACACAUGAAAGUGAAUGCUCAUGUACCUGUGAAUGUUGUUGCCACUGUCCAUAUGAAGGAAAAAAAUAUCAAAAUUGAAAUUCCACCAUGUAAAGAUGAGACUAACAUAAUUACUGUAAGGUCUCAGACAUUAGCUGUUACACGAAAUAUUGGGGAUUUGACUGCUAGUAAAAUGACUCCAGUUCUUCUACCUGAAGCAGUGCCUGACAUAAUGAAGAUGUCCUUCGAUUCAGAUUCUGCGUCAGAUGAGACUGAUACCAGGGACAGACAGUCUACAGAUGUUUCAUCAGGAAAUUCCUUUUACUUUGGACAGUCUUCUUCCAGAAAAGAGCCAUUUGUUCAGUCCUUGUGCUUCAAUGCAAGUACAUUUGGGGUUCAAGUGUGCAUUGAGAGGAAAAGCAUACAUGCAGCAUUUAUCAAAAACGUGCCUCUCUAUUACCUAGUUGGAGAGCAUGCCCUUAGAAUGAGCUUCAAGCCAGUUUACACAGAAGCACUUGAAAAAAUAAAAGUCACAAUUCAAGCAGGAGACCAAGCUCCUACAAAAAUGGUACGUUUAGUAGCAUUUGAAGAUCCAGAGGCACAAGUAUCUACCCGCAGAAAAAGAGUGAAGAAAAUCCUGGAUGAUAUUUAUGACCAGGGGACAAGAAAAUCCAGAAGUUCAUCGUCCAGUGCCAGCAGCGCCAGUGGAAGUGCCAAGAGUACAGCAAGCAGUCCCUCCAGCAGCAACUCUGACAACAGAGCAUCACAGGGAGACACACAGAUAAAUCUGAAAGCAAGAAGAUCCAAAGUUGAAGAAAGGAAAUUCUACCCCUUUGGGGACAGCGUCAUUAGCAGCAGCAGCAGCAGUAGCAGCAAAAGCAGCAGUAGCAGCAGCAGUAGUAGUAGUAAGAGCAAAAGCAGUAGUAGUAACAGCAGCAGUAGCAAAAGCAGUAGCAGUAGUAGCAGCAGCAAGGGCAGCAGUAGUAGCAGCAGCAGCAGUAGUAGUAGUAGUAAGAGCAAAAGCAGUAGCAGUAACAGCAGCAGUAGCAAAAGCAGUAGCAGUAGUAGCAGUAGCAGUAGCAGCACAGGUAGCAUCAACAGCAGCAGUAGCAAAGCAUCUAGUAUAAAGCGUAAGGCUAAGAAGCAGUUCAAGACCACACCAUUUUCACCUGCGAGCGCUGCUGAAGGAGAGAGAAGUGUCCGUGAGCAGAAGCAUAAAACACAGAGUAGCAGCAGCAGCAGCAGAAGCACCAGCAGUGGCACCAACAGCAGCAGUGAAAGCAGUAGUGCUUCCUAUCGCCACAGCAAAUAUGACAGACAAGCUGAGAGUAGUCAUGACAUUUCUACAGAAUGGGCAUAUCACCUUCCAAAAGUAUACCAGCUCCGCUUCAGAUCCACUCAUGUCCAUUGGCAUCCAGAUCAUAAGAUAUCAAGCAGCUCUUCAUCAUCUUCCUCUGAGUUGGGAAGCAGCCACCUCAACAGCAGCAGCAGCAGCAGCAGCAGCUACCACCAUGGAGAAAGCUCUGGCCACAGCUCAAGGAGCCCGGUAAACGGAGGAGUCAGCAGGCAGCGCAGCCAUGGUUCCAGCCUGACACGAGAGCGCAACUUCCUGGGAGACGUAAUUCCACCUGGCGUUACGAUUGUGGCACAGGCAGUAAGGAGUGACAACAGAAAUCAAGGUUAUCAAGCUACAGCAUAUGUUCGUCCUGAUGCUGCCAAAGUUGAUGUGCAACUAGUUGUGGUUCAGCUGGCUGAAACCAAUUGGAAAGUGUGUGCUGACGCUGUAAUACUGCCUCUGAAAGCACAGGCCAGACUAAGAUGGGGCAAAGAGUGCCGGGACUACAGGAUAGCAGCCGUGGCUACCACAGGCCAACUGGCGAAGAAGCCAGCUGUGCAGCUGAAGGUGCAAUGGGGAAAUCUUCCAUCCUGGAUAAAAAAGACAAGCACAGGAUUCAUGCAAUACGUUCCCGGUGCAGCACUCGUGUUGGGCUUCUCAGAAGCACAUCAGAGAAAUCCAUCUCAUGAAUUUAUAGUAAGGGCAGCUGCCACAUCUCCACGAACAAUUGAUACAGUAAUUAAAGCUCCUGGGAUAACACUUUACUAUCAGGCACUCCGAAUGCCAUUCACUCUGCCCUUAGGCCCAUCUCCAACUUACAAGACUAGAGAUAUCACUGCCUGGAAUUUAUUUCCUGAAAUAGCUUCGCAAAUAGCACAAGAAGAUCAAUCCACAUGUGAAGUUAGCGAGGGAGAUUUCAAAACAUUCGAUCACAUGAGCCAUACAUAUUCUUUCAAUAAAAGCUGCAACCUGAUAGUGGUCCAGGACUGUACUGAACACCCAAAAUUCAUCAUUACUACAAGAAAGGUUGAUCCUCAGUCUUUCUCAAGAGAGGUUCACAUAAAUACAACCUCAGUGAACAUCACAAUCUGUCCUGCCGCAAAUUCAUCUCUCCUUGUGAAAUGCAAUGAAGAACCAGUUCUCUCACACAAUGGAGUUUCUGGGUAUGAAAAAGACAGUGUUAAAAUUUAUAAGAAUGAAACAACAGUUAUGGUGGAAGUUCCAACACACGGACUGAAGAAUGUGACUUUUGAUGGUGUGAUCCUUAAGGUUACUGUUGCUUCAUGGUUGAGAGGAAAGACCUGUGGAGUUUGUGGAAAUAAUGACAGAGAAAAGCACAAUGAACUCCUAAUGCCAAAUCAUAAGCUGGCACACAGCUGUUCUGCUUUUGUUCAUUCAUGGGUAUUGCUAGAAGAAACUUGCUCCAGUGGGUGCAAGCUGCAGCGCAGUUAUGUGAAGCUGAAUCGAAAUCCUACUAUUGAUGGAGAGGAAUCUACGUGCUACUCUGUUGACCCAGUACUGAAAUGUAUGAAAGACUGUACUCCAAUCGAAAAAGCUUCAGUUAAGGUUGGCUUCCACUGUUUCCCAAAAGAUACUGCUGUAAGCCUGCUGGAAUGGCAGAGAAGCAGCGAUAAGAAAUCUGCAUCUGAGGAUGUUGUGGAGUCUGUGGAUGCUGACAUUGAUUGUACCUGCACUGGUGACUGUAGUUAAGCUAAACGCUUUAGUGUUGUGCUAUAGAUGUACUAUACGAAUAAUUGAAUAGCUGGACAGAUAAGAAGGGAAUG